AUGGUUGCCUCGAGAGCAGCCUCGCAGACGGCGACCAGCAGUGACGAAGCUCUGCUCAACGUGUGGAUCUACUUCAAUUUGGUAGUGAAUACCAUUCUUUUGCCUGUUCUAGCGACAACGUUCCUCGUUUCGAAACGAGCAAAGCGACAUCCCACCUUGGUCAACGUCUGUAUGGUGUGGAUCCUUUCUGGGUUCUUCUCUCUACUACUUUUCUACGCUGGGCAACAUGAUCUCAGUUCACCAGAGCCCGAUAAACCACUGUGCGUUGCCCAGACGUCACUCCUUUACGGCAUUACGCCAAUGUGGUCCGUAGCUGUCUUGAUGAUGGUGAUCCAUCUGAACAUGGCGUUCGACCGAUGCUGCCGUAAGGAUCGACUCGUUGGAUGGAGGUUGGUCGUGAUGCUUUCCAUGCCCUAUCUCGUUCUCCUCGCAUUCUUUACGGCGACUCUGACAAUCUCCGCUAAACAUCCCGAACGCGUUACUCGGAGUCGAAGACGGCUCUACUGCACUCUGCAAUACACACCGCUUUUCGAUACCAUGGCUAUCUUUACGGCGAUCGUAUGCCUUGCCAUCACCUGUCUACAAGGUACGUCAACACAUCAUGUCUCAGAUCGGAUCAUCCCCGUUGCGCAGUCUCUCAUCAAGAUUCGUCGUGUAGUACGGCUCGGCACAAUCCUGUAUCGCAAUUGGCGUGCGAUCAGGAGUGCACGUCGAACAGACGGAUCCGAAAUCCAACUUCUCCUCCGAGUUCUCAUAUUUGGCGUAUAUGUCUUCGUUGGCAUGAUUGUCAAUAUAUUUUCGAUAUUUGCAAAGUCUUCCGCCUUCCCCGAUAUUUUCGCUGCAACUAUUGGAACAGGCGUCUUCCUCAUUUUCGGUACACAACCUGAUGUCCUUCGCGUUUGGUGCUUCUGGUUGAAGGAGAAACCAACUAAACUGGCGCCUAUCUACAUCUCCGGGGAACCCAACUGCGGGUAUAACAUAGAUCUUACCAGAUCAGCAUCUCCUAGAGGCGCAGAGAAGGGAGGGUUUCCCGGUGAGAAGCUCUCCGAGAUACAUUUGACACCCCCACUACCUGUAGCUCUACCUUCGUCAGUCCAUUCAAGGUGGCAUUAA